AUGGCAGCUAAGUUGAUCAUCUUCACCGUUUGCGUGGCUUCUGCUCUCGCCCAAUACUCUGCCCCCGCUUACAAACCAGCGUUCUCGGUGCCAGUAUACCCAGCACCAAGAGCCUAUGCCCCAGAGCCCGCAUACGCCCCAGCCCCAUACAGCUUCGAAUACAGCGUAAACGACCCAACCACCUAUGACGUCAAGAGCCAAUCUGAAUACGCUGACGGAAAUGGUAACAUUAAGGGAUCCUACAGCCUUUUGGAAGCCGAUGGUUCCACCCGCGUCGUGGAAUACACAGCCGACGACCAGAGCGGUUUCAACGCCGUCGUCAAGAAAAUCGAAGGAGGAUACAAGGCCCCAUACAGCGCUCCCGCCUACAAGGCUGCCUACCCAGCACCAGUAUACUCAGCACCAACCUACAAGCCAGCCCCGUACAAGGCCUACUAA